AUGCUGGUGCACACUUACUCUGCCAUGGAGCGCCCCGACGGGCUGGGCGCAGCGGCCGGCGGGGCCCGCUUGUCGUCUCUGCCCCAGGCGGCCUACGGGCCGGCGCCCGACCCGGCCCUGAAUCCGGACCCGGUGUCUGGAUGUCAGCCGCCCUCCGCCGACACUAAUGGCUCCUCUCCCUCCCAGCUUGUGCAGUCGAGUCACGUUGGGCCUGGGUGCCCCGUCCCAGUCUGCUGGGGCGGCCCGCGCCUGGAGCGAAGGGAAGGCGCGGUAGACGCCUGUCUAACGUGUGGUAAGGACCCAGGUCUCCAGCUUGGCUACAGAUGGUGCAGAGCCAAGACGAUUCUGGGUCCCGCCCGUCGCCGCCCCAGGCAGCGGUGCAGCGCGGCGGCGUGUAGGGCGGAGCAGAUGGGAACCUGGGGUAGCUGGGGCUGGGGACGCGCCAGACAACUAAGUAACCACGACACCUCACCUCACCUCACCGCCUCCCUCUCCUAUUUGCAGGCGAUGGAUGAGCCGGGAAUGAGCCUCUUAGACCAGUCCGUGAUCAAGAAAGUCCCCAUGCCCUCCAAAGCCAGCAGCCUCUCGGCCCUCUCAUUGGCCAAAGACAGCCUGGUUGGCGGCAUUACCAACCCCAGUGAGGUCUUCUGCUCCGUGCCUGGCCGCCUCUCCUUGCUCAGCUCCACAUCCAAGUACAAGGUGACCGUGGGGGAGGUACAGCGGCGACUCUCGCCUCCCGAGUGCCUCAACGCCUCCCUCCUGGGGGGUGUCCUCCGCAGGGCCAAGUCCAAGAAUGGUGGCCGGUGUCUACGGGAACGGCUGGAAAAGAUUGGGCUUAAUCUGCCAGCUGGCCGUCGGAAGGCUGCCAAUGUGACCCUGCUGACUUCACUGGUGGAGGGAGAGGCUAUGCACCUGGCCCGAGACUUCGGCUAUGUCUGCGAGACUGAGUUCCCGGCCAAGGCAGCUGCUGAGUACCUGUGCCGCCAGCAUGCUGACCCCGGGGAACUGCACAGCCGCAAGAGCAUGCUGCUAGCUGCCAAGUGA